GUUGGUAGUUUGCUCAUUUAGAUUUUGGAUAAGACCAAAAAAUAAUAAUAAUAAAUUAAAGACUUAAAGUUUAUUGUAAUAGGAUAGAAGCAACAGGUAGACAAAAGAAAAAGGCCAAAAAAAAAGAAAAAAGUUGAACUCGGGCUAAAGGUGUCGGAAAAGUAGAAAGUUCUGUUUGAAUGAGAAGUCAUUCACGAAUAUCGUGACAUCAUCACAAUUCACAAUCACAUAUGACUAGAAUUUACAAGCCCAUUAAGUCCUCCAAGUCUUUGUUUAAGCCCUUCAUCACGUAAAUCUUUUGUUUUGAUUUGCAGCUGCUAACUGCUAGUAUUUUUGUUGUUCUCUGCUAUUAGCGGCAGUUAACUACUUUUAUAGUUCGGACUGAAUAAGGUUCUUUCAUUCAACCCAAAAAAGAAAAAAAAAAUGAGGGGGUUGUUAAUGGAGACACUUGCUCUUCCCUCAUUCUUUUACUGUCUCAUUGCUUUCUCAUCAACCUUGUUGCAAUUUUGCAUUGCAGCUGACACCAUAAGUCCAGGGCAAUCAAUUAGCGGUAUCCAGACUCUAGUUUCCUCAGACCAAGUUUUUGAGCUAGGCUUCUUCUCUUCAGGCAACAACAAGAGCUGGUACUUGGGCAUAUGGUACAAGAAGACCCCACGUGUACUUGUGUGGAUAGCGAACCAGAACAGCCCAGUCACAGAUCCUUCUGCAAUUUUCACCAUCAGCGACAGUGGAACACUUGUUCUUCUCAACCAAAGCAACCACACUAUCUGGUAUUCAAAUCCAUCCAGGCCAGCACAGAUUCCAGUUGCUCAACUUUUAAGUUCUGGUAACCUUGUUCUUAUAGACAAAGUAACUUCAACCUCUGAAAGCUAUCUGUGGAAGAGCUAUGAUUACCCGAUAAACACGUGGUUACCAGGCAUGAUCAUAGGAAAGGACAUGAGCAAUGGUCUAAACCGAUUUUUGACAUCUUGCAAAGACUCAGAUAUUGCAUCUCCAGGAGACUCUACAUACAAAUUUGAUUACAAGGGGUUGCCUCAAAUAUUUAUAAAAAGGGGAACGAUGAAAAAAUUUCGCACUGGACCUUGGAAUGGAGUUCGAUUCAGCGGUCUUCCUAUGCCUAUAAAUCAAUUUUUCUUUCCCAUAUUAGCAUCCCAAAAUGACAUGGUGGGAUAUAUGUAUGAACCUAAAAACAAGUUGGUUUCUACAAGGAUAACACUGAGCGAGUCAGGCAUCCUCCAACGCUUUGUAUUGAUGGAGGGAAGCACUGAAUGGACUACCAUGGAUGCAGUACCGAAUGACAUGUGUGACAAUUAUGGGCAGUGUGGCCCUAAUAGUGUUUGCAGAAGUUACAAAGAAUCAACUUGCGAAUGUUUGGAAGGUUUCAUCCCCAAAUCACCAGAAGAAUGGAAACUGCUCAAUUCUUCAAGCGGAUGUGUAAGGAGAACCCCACUGGAAUGCCAGAGGAAAGAUGAUUUCAUGAAACUUGGGGGGGUGAAGUUGCCUGACUUGCUAGAGUUUUGGUUAAACAAGAGUAUGAGCACCAAGGAAUGCGAGGCAGAGUGCUUGAAGAACUGUUCAUGUACAGCAUAUGCAAAUUCAGAUAUUAAUGGGGGAGGCAACGGCUGUUUGAUCUGGUUUGGGAAUUUGAUUGAUAUUAGAGGGUACAACCAAGAAAAUCCCGGGCAAGAUCUCUAUAUACGACUGGCUGCUUCAGAACUAAGUAAGUGCACUUUCUGCUCUCUAAUACUCACUUCUAACAUAUUAGCAUAUGCAGUCUUCAUCUACAAAGACUUUGGCCAACAUGGUGCAGAGGGUCUUGUAAUCUAUAGCAGGAUAGAGUUCGGUAUAAGUUCUCAAGCCAUAGUUUUAUUUAUGCUUGUAUUAGCAUUCUUAACAGACUUGUUGUCUGUUCUAGGAUCAAUCCGGGAAUCAAACAUGAAGGAAAGUCUGGAGGUCGUCCUGAUGGUAUCAGUCAUUUGUGGAGUGCUUACUUUGGGGUUUGUUUUCUGGUGUAUAACUUGGAAGAUAAAAAGUAGAAGAUUAGGUCUUCCAAGAAAGAAAGAUGAUGUAGAGGUACCUUUAUUUGAUUUUACAACGGUUGCCACUGCAACAAACAAAUUCUCUCAAGAAAAUGUGAUUGGGGCUGGUGGAUUUGGUCCUGUUUAUAAGGGACAUCUAUGUAACGGACAAAAUAUUGCUGUGAAGAGGCUGUCAAAGGAUUCAAGACAAGGUCUUGAAGAGUUCAAGAAUGAAGUUGCUCUCAUUGCCAAACUUCAACAUAGGAAUCUUGUCACGCUCUUAGGCUACUGCAUUCAAGGAGACGAAAAGAUGUUAAUUUAUGAAUACAUGCCCAACAAAAGCUUGAAUUAUUUCAUUUUUGAACAAAAUGGGAGUGCACUGCUGACAUGGCCAAAGCGUCUUGACAUUGUUUUGGGGAUUGUGCGAGGACUUCUCUAUCUGCACCAGGAUUCUCGACUUCAAGUUAUCCACAGGGAUCUGAAAGCAAGUAAUAUUUUAUUAGAUAUCAAUUUAAACCCAAAAAUAUCAGAUUUUGGCUUAGCAAGAACUUUUGGAGGAGAUGAAUCUGAAAUGAAAACAGAAAGAGUUGUUGGAACACAUGGCUACAUAUCUCCUGAGUAUGCAGUUGACGGAACAUUUUCAGUGAAAUCUGAUGUCUUUAGCUUGGGUGUGCUUAUGUUAGAGAUAGUGAGUGGCAUGAAAAAUCGAAACUUUUUUCAUGCCGAUCACCAUCAUAACCUACUAGGACAUGCAUGGUUGCUGUGGAAGGAGGGCAGGGCCUUGGAACUAUUGUAUACAUGUUUGGAGGAUUCACAUUUAAGAUCUCAAGUACUAAGAUGUAUUCAUGUUGGUUUACUAUGUGUUCAAAAGUUCACUGAAGACAGGCCGAUAAUGUCUUGUGUGCUUUCUAUGUUAACAAAUGAGGAAGCAAUUCUGCCUCAGCCUAAACAGCCUGGUUUUUUCAUAGAAAGAAGUUCCGGCAAUGCAGGUGCAUUAUCAAGAAAUGAAGAAUCCAGCACAGAAAAUGCAGUAACUAUAACUUUGCCAGAAGCUAGAAUGCUAUUAGUAUUAUGCCCCUUCUUUCACUCCUCUCAUGCUGCCAGAGAUACUAUAUCGCAAGGACAAUCUAUUACAAUUACGGAAACUAUAGUAUCAGCUGAUGCAAAAUUUGAACUAGGAUUCUUUCGUCCUGGAAACUCCACAUAUCGAUACAUGGGAAUAUGGUUCAAAAAGGGCAUGCCAAAUAACAUUGUUAUUGGCUCUCACGUUUGGGUUGGAGAUCCAGAAUUAAUUUGGAUUGAUGGACAAAUAAUAAAUGUAAAUGGAGAGGAAGCUAAGAUUCAAACUGGUAAUGGGAAGACGCAAGCUUUGCCACUUUGUUCAUGUAUUCGAGGAUUUGAACCCCGAUCUUCUGGAAAUUGGGAACUGAAUGAUUACUCUGCAGGAUGUGCAAGGAAAACCCCUUUGCAAUGUGAGAACCAUAACCAGAAUACAGGCAUGGUUGCUGUGGAAGGAGGGCAGGGCCUUGGAACUAUUGUAUACAUGUUUGGUGGAUUCACAUUUAAGAUCUCAACUGGAUUGGGCAUUAGGGUUGUCAUCAAACCCCAGUAUCGGAUCACUCCUCCGCCUCAAUUGUCAACACAAAUAGGAGAUAUUCCCCGGAGCAAUUUCCAGUUUGACUUUGAAUUUGAGAGAAAAAUUUUAGCUGAAGCAGAGAAGGACAGCCAGAAUUGGAGCAGGUUUGGGUCGGAAAACCUUCCAUCUAGAAAUACAGAGUCUACAUCUUCAAUGUAUCAGCUGAUGCCUGAUGCAAAAUUUGAACUAAGAUUCUUUCGUCCUGGAAACUCCACAUAUCAAUACGUGGGAAUAUGGUUCAAAAAGGUAUCCCAGCAAACUGUCACAUGGGUAGCCAACCGAAAUUACCCAGUUGUCAGUUCUUCUGCAGUUCUCACUAUUAGCAAUGAUGGGAACCUCGUGAUUGUGGACGGUCAGUUGUCUUACUCGGUAUCCAACAUGUCAUCUAAUGGCAAUGCAAGUGCCACUCCAUUGGAUUCGGGAAACCUUGUUUUAAGAGAUGAAAACUCAAAUAUCUUGUGGCAGAGCUUCGAUUUUCCUUCCCAUACCUAUUUACCUGGAAUGAAGCUUGGGUAUAACAAAAAUAGCGGAAAGACUUGGUCAUUGGUAUCUUGGAGAAAUCUUCAUGACCCUAGUCCUGGAGUUUUUUCAUUGGAGCUCGAUCCUAAGGGAAUAAAUCAGUUUUUAACCACGCGGAAGCCUGACAGGUUGUAUUGGACAAGCGGGCCUUGGGAUGGGAAGUUGUUCAGCUUUAUUCCUGAAAUGAGAGGAUGUGCAAGGAAAACCCCUUUGCAAUGUGAGAACCAUAACCAGACUACAGGUGACCCAGAUGAGUUUGUUAUGUUGUCUAAUGUACAACUACCAGUGAAUCCAGUAAGUUUUGAAAGUGGGAGCAUUGAAGAGUGCAAAUCAGCUUGCUUGAAUAAAUGUUCCUGCACUGCUUAUGCUCGCAAUGAUUAUAAUUGUUCAAUAUGGAUUGGAGAUCUUAUUAAUCUGCGACAGCUUACUGAUGAUGACCAUAGUGCAAGAGAUUUUUAUGUCAAAUGGUUACUUUCGAAAACUACUGGUGGCAAUAUCUGUAUCUUUUUAUUUUCACAUGCUUCAGGAAAUAAGCGAAACCUGUGGAUUAUUGUAGUACUGGCCAUUUCUCUGACAGCAAUUUCUUCAGCCGCCUUCAUCUGGUGGAUGUGGGUGAGAAAACUCAAAAGAAAAGGGGAGGACUUGAUAUCAUUUGAUUUCAACAACAGGUCUACACAACAAGGAUUAGUCCUCAAGAAGGGGGCUGAGAAAGGCAGCAAUAAGGAAAUGGAGCUUCCUCUCUUUAGUUUUUCUAGUGUAUCUGCUGCGACUAAUAACUUCACAGCCUCGAAUAAACUUGGAGAGGGUGGUUUUGGACCUGUUUACAAAGGAUCCUUGCUUAAUGGACAGUUAGUAGCAGUAAAAAGACUUUCAAGAAAAUCUGGACAGGGAUGGGAGGAGCUAAAAAAUGAGGCUGUGCUUAUAGCCAAACUCCAACACAAGAAUCUUGUGAAACUUCUUGGAUGCUGCAUUGAAGGAGAAGAAAAGAUUUUGAUCUAUGAGUAUUUACCCAAUAAAAGCUUAGAUAAUUUCCUUUUUGAUCCAAGUGCACAUGGGUUGAUAGACUGGACAACUCGCAUUCACAUCAUUGAAGGGAUUGUUCAAGGGCUUCUUUACCUUCAUCAGUAUUCCAGGUUACAAAUUAGUCAUAGAGAUUUGAAGGCCAGCAAUAUCUUGUUGGAUAAAGACAUGAAUCCAAAAAUAUCAGAUUUUGGAAUGGCAAGAAUUUUUGGUGGGAAUGGAUCACAAGCAACCAACCGAAUAGUAGGGACUUAUGGUUAUAUGUCUCCAGAAUAUGCUUUGGAAGGCCUCUUCUCGAUUAAAUCUGACGUCUUUAGUUUUGGAGUAUUGUUGUUAGAGAUAUUGAGUGGCAAGAAGAAUACUGGUUUCUAUCAUAGUGACUCUCUCAAUCUUAUUGGAUAUGCAUGGGAUUUGUGGAAAAGCAAUAGAGCCUUAGAAUUGAUGGAUCCAAUCCUCGGAGAUACUCCUCCUGCCAAUAUCCUAUUGGGAUACAUAAACAUAGCAAUCCUCUGUGUCCAAGAAAGUGCAGCUGAUAGGCCUACCAUGCUUGAUGUGGUCUCAAUGUUCAACAAGGAAAUUGCACUUCUGCCUUCUCCAAAAAGACCAGCGUUUUCUUUUGUUAGAGGUAUGGAGAAUUUGGGUUCAUCUAAUAGAAAGCCAGAAAUUUGUUCUGUAAAUGACAUGACAGUCUCGAUUUUGGAAGCUCGGUAACAAUUUAGAUUUCGG